AUGGCUCCCAGCAGAAAGACUGCCACGACUGCCGAAGUCGCUUUGGUACCCCUCAAGUCGUGUCUCGUGAACUUGCCAACUCCGGUCGUUUCGCUGUUGGUAAAUGCUAAUGCAGCCGCUCAAAAUGUCAUUGUCGAGUUACAGUAUCGGCCAUCGAAUUCGCAGUCUACCGCUCAAAAGUCAUCUUACCUAGGAUGGACGGGCAUGCCGAGUAAACGGAAGUUAGCACCAGUGGUUAGCAGAGAUGGUAUCAAUUCGAAUACAUCUUCCCGAGAACAAGAAGUUUCAUCUAUCGAGAUUGACACCACCUUUGCCAGGGUGUUGGGUCUAACGGAGGGUCAGAAGGUCGGAUUAUUUCUACACCUUGACAAUCCGAUUGCCCAGACUGUCAACAUCGAACCGUUGACACCGGCUGAUUGGGAGAUUAUCGAACUACAUGCUUCGUUCCUGGAAUUGAAUUUGCUACACCAAAUCCGAGCUCUUCCCAACCCCGGCUAUACCAGCCCAGGAUCUACCCCAGCGAACCAUUUACACCCACUUACAUUACAUCUUUCACCGACGUCCACCGCGAAUAUAGUCGUUACCUCGUUGACCCCCGCUCCUCCUGCGACAUCGCCUUUUGCUAAGAUUGCGCCUGAUGCGGAAGUCAUAGUGGCACCGAAAGUUCGACCCAAAUCCGGUAGGGCCAAUAGAGGGGAGAAUAGAAGUACGACAAGUAAUAGUCGCAAGAGUGUUGGUGGGAGAAGUAGCAGCAGUACGGUGAGGCCGAAAAGCCGGGGCUCUGAAUCCGACGAACAUGCUGUCUACUUUCGAGGUGUGGACAGGCAACAUGUCAGAGACUGGUUUGAUGAAGAAAACUCCGGUCAUUCCAAUGAUGGCCUGAAGGUAUGGGUUGAUCGGAGUGUACUUUCAAGUCAUGAGCUCCGCGGGAAUCAAUGGGUCGCUGUUUCUAUCAUCCAGCCAGCAGGACUACAGCUUCCAGUCGACCCGCAGCAACAGUUGCAACAAAAGGAACAAGAAUCAGGCGAUGCUGGACGACUGUCGACUAAGAUUGUGGCCAAGAUUCAACCAUGGGAUGAUGCUCCUGACUCUAAGCACGUUGCUAUCUCAUCGCGUCUCUGCGAAGUCCUCAAUUGCUCAGGUAUUAUGGGAGGUAUUGUCCGCGUGGAAGCUGCUCCCGCUCAGUUAAGCUCUUCUUCUAUCAAGGCAAUCAAAAUAUACCCAUUCAUGUCAGAUGUCUCAAAGAAAAGAGAUGGCCUCAAAUUUGGAGGAGAAACAGCUGCAUCUCGCACCGCACUGGGCGAACGAAUCAAGUUCACAUAUGGCAGUACUGGUUCAAACUCUGGUAUCAUGUCAGGGCCUCUUACAGACGGAAUGCUACUCCCAGCAGUUCAUAAUCAGUUUUCUAUGGGAGCGUUUGAUGGCGGCAUCUUGCGAUUUGACCCACCUUUGAAAAGUACGGAAGGUGUAUCUUUGACCGGAUGGAUACUUGGAUCAGAAAGCAAGUUCAUCGUUGAUGUACAGCCAGAUGUACCAAAACCCAUAGACACGACGUUGUCAAGUGUACCUACAGACGAGCAGCUACCUCCAAUACCGCCGAAUAUGGUUGGGAUUGACUCACUCAUCAACCAGAGCCUUACAAAUCUGUCGAGAGGAUCGUCCAUUUUGUUGACUGGGGGUCUCGGGUCUGGGAAGACAUCACUAUGCCAGUUGCUGGCGGCUCGGCUGCGGGAAGAACAACUUUGUAAUGUAUCUUAUUUCCCCUGUCGCAAGCUGGUCACAGAUGAGACCCGCGUAUCUACCAUUAAAGAGACAUUGAACCGCCAGUUCAUGUCUGCAUCCUGGUGCGCUCGCCUUGGUGGUACAGCUCUUGUGAUUCUCGAUGACCUGGACAAACUCUGCCCUGUGGAGACGGAACUCCAAGUUGGAGGAGAAAAUGGGAGAAGUCGCCAGGUCAGCGAAAUUAUUUGCGCGAUUGUUCGCCAGUAUUGUACACCGACGUCUUCCGUGGUUUUUUUAGCCACAGCACAGUCAAAAGAAUCUUUGAACAAUAUCAUCGUUGGCGGCCAUGUGGUGCGGGAAAUCUUGACUUUAAAGGCACCGGGUAAGGAAGGUCGACGGAAAGUGUUGGAUAAACUUAUGAGCCAGGAUAAAGAAGACCAUGCACUCAAAGGUCACCAUCUCAAUCAAAGUGGAUCAACUGAAGAUUCCUGGCUGGACCCGUCAAACCCUGGAAGCCGGCCAAGUUCGUCCGGAGCAGAUGGCUUUGUCCUAGCUCGCGACUUGGACCUUCUAGAUUUGGCAGGCAAGACAGAUGGCUACAUGCCUGGUGAUCUUGUGCUGUUAGUAUCUCGAGCCAGAAACGAAGCUUUGAUUCGAUCAGUGCAGGACACGAGUGCGGAUUCAACAAAAGUCACACUGACAAUGGGCGAUUUUGAGCGAGCCUUGAAAGGAUUUACUCCGGCAUCCCUUCGAAACGUUACAUUGACAUCUUCUUCAACGACAUUUUCCUCUAUAGGCGGUCUUCAUGCCACCCGUCAAACUCUUUUGGAAACCUUGGAAUAUCCUACGAAAUAUGCGCCUAUUUUCGCACAGUGUCCUCUUCGACUACGAUCAGGCCUGUUACUAUAUGGCUUUCCUGGCUGUGGUAAGACAUUACUUGCCAGCGCGGUAGCUGGUGAGUGUGGCCUAAAUUUCAUCAGUGUGAAGGGUCCGGAAAUCUUGAACAAGUAUAUCGGAGCAAGUGAGAAAAGUGUCCGUGACCUUUUUGAACGCGCCGAGGCUGCGCGACCUUGUAUUUUAUUUUUUGAUGAGUUCGACAGUAUCGCGCCUAAACGUGGACAUGACUCAACUGGUGUCACGGAUCGAGUGGUUAAUCAGCUGUUGACGCAGAUGGAUGGUGCCGAGGGUCUUUCCGGUGUGUAUGUACUAGCAGCAACUUCGAGACCGGACUUGAUUGACCCGGCUUUGCUGCGUCCUGGACGUCUCGACAAGAGCCUUUUGUGCGAUAUGCCCUCGCAUGAUGACCGAAUUGAUAUCAUUCAAGCCGUGAGCAAGAAACUCAACCUAGGCGCGGAUGUCCAGUCUCGUGUUGGAGAAAUUGCUUCUCGGACAGAAGGGUAUUCUGGUGCAGAUAUUCAGGCUGUUAUAUACAAUGCCCAUCUUGAGGCAAUUCACGAUCUUCUAGGUGAUCGCUCAACGCCGGCGUCAGGUUCUGCAACCAAGAAGACAAAUGGCGCGCAAACCAACGGAUCAGAAGUAUCAAGCAAGUCAUUUAUACAAUUUCUCUACUCCGAGCAAGAAGCAGAGAAAUCGAAUGCUAGCGUCAACUCUAAACUUGACCCUCCAGCAGUCAUCGCUGCGAGAUUGACAGCCCUGAAACUGGCACGACGCCGUCAGCGACAGGCCGAACAUGGUACAUACGACACUGCCGAUGGCCAAGACCAGCAACGAGCCAACGGCACAGCGACGGAUAAUGCUAGCGAUGAAGUCAUUAUCCAGUGGCAGCAUGUUGAGCGAUCAUUGUCGACGACUCGCUGCUCUCUGAGCGACCGGGAACGGCGACGCUUAGAAGCUAUCUACCGCGAGUUUGUGGUUGGACGAAAUGGGGAGAUGCCGAAUGGUGAAGGUGCGAGAGAAGUUGGGGGGAGGACAAGCUUGAUGUGA